AUGGCGGCGGCGGCGGCACCGCCGGAUGCGGUGGCGGUCGCGGAGGCGACGGUUGAGUUCUUCCGCCGAGCCGGUGAUGACCCAGAUCCAGUAGAGGGCAGCAAAUGCGAGGAGCCAUUUCCUCCAGUCAUGGUCAGGACUCGCCGGAACUCGUAUCGGCUACAGCGAGUGGUAAUGAUCACGGUUCUUUUGAAACGUCUGACGGCACAUCCUUUCAACUGCAUAUGGGAAAAUGUGUUCUCUGACACGUGGCAGUACGUGGAGGAUAAGACUAUCCCGAGGUGGGACACAGCCAGUUUGACGGCUGGGGGGAAUGGCACACGUGCUGGGCCGUUGGUUUGGUAA